AUGCUGCGACGCAAAAGCUCCCGAAGCACUUACCGGCGUCCCCUUGGCAGAAGCAAAUCCACCAGCUCUAUUGCCAGAAGAAGGGCUGAUUUUGUAGUUAAUAUUGAUGCAGCAUCUGCAGAACGAGAUGCCCAUAUUGCAGCCAACUUGUCUUACUAUCGCGCUCAUGGCCAUCACAGACAGGAUACACCGGGGGAAUGGCCAAGCCAAGGUUCACAUAAUCUGCUCCUUCGACGGAGCAAUACCGUCAACGGUCGACUAGAAGGUCCGCCAAACGGCAUUCCGAAGAGGAAACAGAGUGUAAGGUUCACUGGCCCCAAUGCCAGACCUCGGCGACAACUAGCUGCUCGAGCAAAGCCCGUGGUGCGCUCCAAUCCAUCGAAAGGGCCGACUUAUGCUACAGGAAGGCGAGAUAACGGCCGUCUUUCGCCUACGACAUCAAACUAUACGCAAUCCAUGGAAUCGAACUAUAAGCCUCGCACCAGCAACUCUUCAGUCAUCCAAACAAGUGGGUAUUUCCUCACGGAGCCUGCCAAUCUCACUCCCAUGCCGCCAUUUUUGGGAUCGCUCCGAAAAUCCAAGUCCAUGUAUAGCCAGUCCGCGGGUUCAGUGUCAGGAUACGACAACGAUCACGUUCGAGCUGACGGCCUGAAGCCACUGCCAACAACACCUCUAACCAUACAGUUUCAGGACAGGCAGAAUCAGACAAAGCGGUACUCCAUCAGGCGAAGUCUGCGCGCGCCAAAGUCCAUGAGCUAUCUCGAAUUCCAGACUACAAAGCCAUUGGCAGGAGGAGCUGAGAACAAACAUAACGGAUACUCUUCGCCAGAACAAGUGAUGCACUCGAAGGGUUCUUUUCGGCAUCUCAAGUCUCAUUCCUCAAUGUUCUUUCGGUCCAAGCAUCGACAGCAAGAGAGCUCAACAGGAUUGUCCAGGUCGCUGCGCAACAGCAGUGACAACAGCGCCGCGCUUUUCCCACCAUUUCCGGGACAUAGUAUUCCUCCCGCGAAGCAUACUGGGAUACGGUUCACAGCUAGACGAGUAUCGAGAAAGGUUCGAAAUAAACUGAGCAGACUUUUCGGUCGGUCAAAGAGUACGGACACAAGCGGAAACGACAUUGCAGUCGAUCCAUCCCAAGACACUGAUGGCGACAGCUUCCACCGGAGGAAUGACACCCCGCCGAUUGAAGAAGCUUCUAUGUCAAGAGUGACUUCUCAUGUCCCUUCACUUCAUGCGGUCCCGUCAUACCAGCAGAUGCGGUCACGUCAGGGAAGCUUGGAGAGCAUCUCGCAUGAGGAGAACAUCCCCGCUGACGACAAGUCCCGUGUGACUAGUUGGACAAACUCGUCAGCAAAUACUGUUAUGAAUUUUGGCGCGAAUGAAGAGCACGAGUACCAGCGUCUGUCUGUAAUCAAGGAAAAUGGCAUGCAUAUCCCAUCAUCUUCUCGCAUUCCAUUGGCGAAUCCUACUGUGCCAGGAAUGACAAUAAAUAGCCAGCGAGUGUAUUCGGCACUCAUGAAGAAGCUCACCAACACUCCCAAUAAUCCAGACGAGGUGCAGAACCGUGAAUCGACAAGACAGUCGUCGGCCGAGUCGGUGCCUCUCGGACAAAGCCCUGGUGAUCAUGGCAACUCACAACCAUGGUCUCCUCCGAUUAUUCGAUGCAUCGGGACAAGCGAUGAUGAUGUAUUUGAGGAUACCAAAGAAGUGAUUUCCUCGGACCUGUCAGAAGCAGGACAGGAUCUCAAAACCAGAGAAUCAUUUCGCAACAUGCCGAGGAAGCCGGCGUACAAGGCUUAUCCGAAUGCAUCUGCGGGUGAUGGAAAGGGGCUCUCACCGGCCAAGAUUCCUCUACCGGAGUCGGCGACGAAGCAGUCAUCUAUUCGUGCUGACAGAAAGUCAACGUUUUCUCCCAGUUCAGACAAUCACCUUUUCCGCACGACGAGUCCUUACCGUAGGGCAAUUCAACAAAGUAUGAAAGACUACCAAGAAUCAGAUCACACUCACGCCUUGGAUACCAGGUAUCUGAGUACUCUGUCUGCAUUGAGUCUACCUAGUCGACGCCCAAGCACUGUGGGAUCAGAAAGGGAUGUGCGCCUAACAUAUGCUGAGAGCUUUUACUCCUUCACGACCGAGGAAUUAACAACCGCCCGACCGGAUGGACUUGCAUCGCCUCCUCUUCGUAACGUUCGAAACGCUGUGGCGGGGGAUGUAACUGUGCCAGUUGAGUCUUUUGCCAACAUCGAAACACCAGUCCGCGGCCACGACAUUUCGGCAGCAAGUUCGGUAGAAUGGAAGGCCUGGCUCAGCGCCAAUAUGUCCAAGCUGGAAAAACCGCAUGCAGUGGUGAACUCUCAAUGUGAGGAGCAGCCAAGCAGUGCCGUGCCGCUUGCUGGGCACAUGAGAGAGAGUGCCGAGAUCGAAUCACCAGGUGAAACCCCCAAGACGGCAGCAACAGGUACAGGAGAGGAGCUUCCGGGCCGCGUUGUCAGCUCACAUGCUCUUGGAGCACGUCCAUCGCCACCGACUCGGACUGGAAGUCCUCUCAAGCCUACAGAGGGGACAGCCGGACCCAAUAAGAGGGACAGGGUUCAACAUUCUGCAUCGCCAAGCGUCCCAUCCAGCCCGCUCCGGCAUACCCCUUGCUCGACGACCUCCUUGACCAAAGUAGACAAUGAUAAUACUCCAAAUUCAAGCGACUGUCGGCCAGGCCUGUUGAGAAUGAGGUCUGUGAACACAGUCCCUACGCCGGCACCGCAAUCACAUGAUGGACUACCCUGGAAGCGAUGCGAUCAGGAAAACUCAAGAAGUGGACCACCUAUCAUGCCCAGAGCGACGCCAGGGCUUUCAGCUAUACCUCAGCGAGCAGCUAGUGGUAAAGGGAGUUCGCCGGGAAAGUUGGGUACUGGUGCCUCGACAUCCCCGCGCACACCGGAAGGGUCGAUGCCCGUAUCAAAUAGCCCAUUGGAAACAACCAAGUCCGAGUGGGACGCCCAGAUCAGAGGAAGUAGGCGAAUGGUUGAUUUGUUUUUGAGCAGUCGUCGAAAGGCGAUCCAUGGGACGACGUCGAGGAAUGGGAGCGAAAGCUUUUCGACGGCAUUUCUGUAA